GUUCUUCGCUGUAUUUGUUACGAUUUUGAUAAAACGUUCUUAAUAUUACUUACAAAAUAAUGUCAUUAAGAUGAUAAAAAAUAAAAAAACUGCGUCGUUUCAUACGUGUCAGUAGAACUGUGGUCAAAACAAAAAAUAUUGGAGGUAUAUAAUGACUGUCACGAUGUUAUAAAAUUCAGUUCCUUGAAAAUAAGUAUCAAACAACGUCGUUACCAUGAAUUCCUUUUUGGUUUGUUUCAUUGUUGCUGUUAGCUUAGCUAACGAGGCAUUAACUGCAUCAGUUCCGGCAAAUCCUGAUACCAGUAAACCAAAUCCUGGAUCUGAUGAUUUGGUUGCCCAAGCAGUGUCCAAGUUAUCUGAACAAGCGGGAGCAUUUAAAAAUAUUUUAGAUGAUGUCCGACAAAAGAACAUAGGUCCAGCUGUCGAGUCGAUAAAAGAUAUUGUGAACAAAACUAGUAGUGCUCUAUUUAGUACUGCAACAAUGGAUAACGUGCAUAAAGUAACCAAUUCUAUUCAAGAUAGCGUUACAAAUGUUAGUAAUUCAGCUUCUAAAGUUGUAAACAUCGAUGGUUUCUCUGCAUUAUUGCAAUCAUUAAGACACGAUGUAACAUCUAUUGUAGAAAAUCAUAAAAACGAUUUUCCGGGUGGAUCACAAAUUGUAAAUUCUAUCGAUAGUAUUAUUGAUAUUCUCAAGAGCAGUGAAAGUAAAAAAACUGAUCAAUAAUUUGAUUAGUAUAUAAACUAUACGAAAUGUAUAUCACAUUUUUAUCAAUAAUAAAUCAAUGAUAAUU